AUGUCGCUCGUCAAGAGCGGUGCGAGCGCGCGCGUGGGUGCGAAUGCGCGUGUUCUAGGGUCUCGUUCGAAGUUUGCGGCGAAUGCGCGGUGCGCGAGGGUGAGAGCGACGAGAUUUUCACGUGAAGCGGAUGAAGAUCACAGAGGCUUUAGUCGAUUUUUUAGCGACGUGAAGCGCGAUGCGGUGGCUCUGAGCGUCGCAGCGGGCGUGGUUUCAUCGGUGGUAUUCGUGGGCGUCGCCGAGGCGCGUUUAGAGGGGGUGAACAAUCCGCAAUUACUCCCGGAGGGGACUCCGGUGCCCGUGCUCGACGUCGCUGGGUAUCUUGGGAAGUCGGACGUCGCGCGGUUGACGAAGACGGUGGAGAGCUUGGAGCGCGAUACGGGGUUGAAGCUCAGAGUUCUCGCCCAAGCGUACCCGCAAACGCCCGGGUUGGCGGUGAAAGAGUACUGGAACGUGGAUGACGACACGGUCGUGUUCGUUGCCGACCCAGGUCUGGGGAACAUAUUGAACUUCAGCGUCGGCGCAAACGUCGAUUUAGAGAUCCCGCCCUCGUUCUGGACAAGGUUGGCGAACAAAUACGGGACAAAAUUUUAUUGGAGUGAAAAGGGUGAGGAGGCGAGCAUCUCCGCCGCGGUGAACGCGGUGAACCAGUGUGCGCGUGAGCCGCAGGGACGCGCCAAGUGCUCGAAAAUCGCCGAGUAUGACACCGAGUAUAAAUCGACCGCGUUCGACGAACCGAAGAGCGGCGGACUCGGUGGUUUGUUCACCAAGCCGUUUUAA